AUGGUUACCGCCACAGCAACGGGUCCCCAAAGCCAGGCGCUGUGCGACGUGGGGAGGGGGGCGUGGCCACCCGCUCCGCUGGGAGGGGGCGUGGCCUCCUCACCUCACCCAGGAGGGGCGGUGCCGGGGUCGGGCGUGGCCACCGCUCUGGUGGGCGGGGCUGAGCUGGGGUCGGGCGUGGCCACCGCUCUGGCCCUGCCGCGCACCGAGUUCGCGCGCCUCAACGGCGCCGUGCGCCUGCUGACGCCCGCCGCCGUGGAGGGCUGGUCCGACCUGGUGCACUGCCCCUCGCAGCGCCUGCUCGACCGCCUGGUGCGCCGCUACGCCGAGACGCGCGACUCGGGCAGCUUCCUGCUGCGCAACCUCAAGGACGCCGAGCGCAUGCAGCUGCUGCUCACGCUGGCCUUCAACCCCGAGCCGCUGGUGCUACAGAGUUUUCCAUCUGAUGAAGGCUGGCCAUUUGCGAAGUAUCUGGGAGCUUGUGGAAGAAUGGUGGCCGUCAGUUACGUGGGAGAAGAGCUGUGGAGCUACUUCCAUGCACCCUGGGAAAAGCGCGUUGACCUCGCCUGGCAGUUGAUGGAAAUUGCCGAGCAGCUAACGAACAAUGACUUUGAGUUCGCACUGUACCUCCUGGACGUCAGCUUUGACAAUUUUGCAGUCGGUCCUCGGGACGGGAGGGUCAUCAUUGUGGAUGCUGAGAACGUUUUGGUUGCUGACAAAAGAUUAAUUAGACAAAAUAAACCUGAAAAUUGGGAUGUGUGGUAUGAAAGCAAAUUUGAUGAGUGUGAUAAGGAGGCUUGCUUGUCAUUCUCAAAGGAAAUUCUCUGUGCCCGUGUCACCGUGGACCACAAUUACUAUGCUGUCUGUCAGAAUCUCUUAUCCAGACACGCCACCUGGCGUGGCACGUCUGGAGGGCUCCUCCAUGAUCCGCCCAGUGAGAUUGCCAAAGAUGGCCGCCUGGAGGCCCUGCUGGACGAAUGUGCCAACCCAAAGAAGCGCUACGGCCGGUUCCAGGCCGCCAAGGAGCUGCGCGAGUACCUGGCGCAGUUGAGUAACAACGUGAGGUAGUCUGAGCUGGACCAGCUCCGUGAUCUCUUUCCUCCACUUACCUAGCCCUGGCAGAGCGAACCCACCCAAACCAGAACAGCGGCAUCGGGAGGUACUUACACUCGGAGGAGACGGUGAACUUGCACCGAUGGCUCUUAGGUGGACAUCCAUCAAAAUAAGACAUCACUGCGCUUCAGAACCACCCCCACAGUGCUUCCGCACACACUCUGGAGAUGGGAGCCGUGGCUGACUGCCCUCGCUCCCCCUGCCCCGGCCCCAGUUUGUGGAUGGGUACCGUGACGCUAUUGGAAAGAAGUCUGAUAGUUCUACUGGCUUGUGUAUCAAAGGGUACUUGGUACUUAGUUUGCAUUGCUAUCAUGAUUUUGUGAAUCUCUUGUAUUUACUUUGAAUGUCAUGUUAGAUUGGCCUGUUUUAUAGGCCAAGUUUUCCUUCUGAUGUAUAGGGGAUUUUUUUUAUUAUUAUUAAACUUUACACAUUCAGGUUACUAGAGGUGUUUGUUUGAAUAAACUAGUUUUCAUUCAGUGCUAUGCGGUACAUAUUCACCAUUAGGGCAGGAUUCCCAGGUUUACUGUUGUUUUAUUUUUGUUUUUUUUUUUCAGAAAGCUGAAUAUGUUGUGUAAAUAAUUUCUUCCAGUCUUUGGUUUCACCGCUGCAUGAUACCAUUUGAGGUUAUUUGAGAGGUAUGUUCCUCCAUGCCACUAACCCAGUGUACACUGAACAUCAAGUUCAGCAUGUUACAAAAGGUCAUUUUGUUCCUUACUAAAAAGGCUUUAAGAAGAGAACAUUAGCAAUCUACACCUUAAUGGUAAUUUUGGUUGAGAAAAAAUAUAAUCCAGUAUUUUAAAAAUGCUAACUAGUUGAAGAUAGUAAUGCAUAUGCCAAAGAAAUAUUAGAUCUAGUCAUUCUAUUUUAGAUCUAGCAAUUUUAUUAAUUCUGUUUUAGAACUUAAAAUAGAAUUGAUCACCUUCUUCUUACCCUGCUUGAAAUAUUGUAGCUUUGUAAUGAUCAAAUGGAAGUUACCCUGGUUGUUCUUUAACGUUAACUAUUAAGCUACUGUUACUUGAAAAUAUGUAACUUAAAAGAUCUUUUCCCCUUUUGUUCAUUGGUAGUUUGGAAAAGUUAACAUGGUAGUCAUUGGAGUUUAUAAUCGGGCAUCAAGCCUUUUACUUACUGAUAGAAUCUUUUCCUAUUAAGCUGAAAAUUAGCCAAUCUGACAGUUAUUUUAAAGAAAUUAAAGAAAACCAGGCUUUUUAAAAAUUCAUUUGCCAGACAUCAGAACAUCCAAUUUAAAUAUGUGGAUAGAAAUCAACACAUGUGUAAAACUUGCAGGCUAUCUGAAAACGCUAUAGUAUUUAAGUGGAUUGUUGCUAAUCUAGGUGAUAUUUUUCUAAUGGAAAUUACUACUUUUGUUUACAACCAUGUUUGGGGUAGUUAGUUCUAGACUAACAGAACCUAAAUCAGAAGUGAUUAAAAUGCGCACAACCAAAGCUAAGUUGUUCUUCUUCACUCAUUCAGAUACUAUUUAUUGAGCCUCUGCUCUGUACCAGGCGUGUAGUAGCUGCUCUACAUCAUCUGAACAUGGCAUAUGUAAAGUAACUGUGUCAGGUACUUGAAUGCAAGUAUUUCUUAAGUUGCAGUAGCAUUAUUAGAGUGAUGCUUUCAUGCUGUUCGACUGUUGAGAUGGAAAUUUUUACCUGCCCCAUCAAAAAUGAGUUCACUACAAAAAGAGGUGAGUGAAAUCAAUCAGGUUAAUCUUUCUAAACACUGUAAGGCAAAGGUUAAGAAAUCUCCAUUUUCAAAUAGAUUGCAUUUUGUUAAUUUUAUGUCUCUGUAAAUUGAUUGCAUAGCUCUCAAUGGAACAUGUACACGUGGAAGAUUUUUGUUAAGCCUAACUUUUUACAACGUUGGAAGGUUUCUGAGGGGAAGAGGCUAAAUCAUUUGUCCAACAUGCACCUCUUUCUUCCUCAAAGCGCUAAGUGAUACACCAUUUCAAACGGGAGCAUCUUUUAUAUUUGACAAGUGUUCAUAGUUAACCUUACAAUGCCAGCCAUAGAGUUGCCUGUGGCUUAGCAAACCUUUAUCUUUUUAGGAGAGUGGUUGUGACUGAAGUAUAGAAAGCGAGGAGACACUGUCAGCAGUGAUUACUACUUGAGGUAAUUUUUAUACCUACCAUUUUCCCCAUGAGAUUAUGUGGAGUUUCUUUUAUCUUUGGAAUGAGAUUGAGGAAAAGAAAGUAAAAGAAUUAGGAAUAUAAAAUUACAGGGAAAAAUAUGUAUGUGAAAAGCAAUAAAUAUUUUGUUCACUUUGCUAUCAAGAUGUUCACUAUCAGAUAUUUAUUAUACAGCAGCAAUUUAUAUUUUUAAUCAUUGCCCAUUAAUAGACGCAGUAAAAUAUUUUUGAAUCAGACAUUUGGGGUUUGUAUGUGCAUUAAAGUUGUCUUUUGUACUGUAAGUUACUGUUUAAUUUGAAUAUUUUAUCAGAACUGUCUCCUGUGCCUUUAUAAUAUAAAGUUGUUUCUACAACUUUUAAUGAUCUUAAUAAAGAAUACUUUAAG